AUGUCGACCUGGUUUUCUCAAGAUGACAAGUAUCGGGAUGAGAUCGUCCAGCUAGAGAAUGAAAAGUACGGUGCUAAUCAUCACCGUCACAUCACUCAUGAUUCCAAUGAGUCAAAUGAGGGUCCCCGAAGAGUUCCACACCGUGAGCCUCACAACCGUCGCUCCCCAACAUCAUCUAAAAAGUCCAAGGAGAGCUCAGGAUCAGCGGCAAAGAGGCAUCAGAAGUCAAACAGCACCAGCGCUCAUGUACCUUCCCAGCCAGAACUAGAGGAGCCAGAAGAGUAA